AUGAAGUCCUCCACUGCCGCCGCGAUCCUCGCGAUCACCUCCGCCCAAGCCAUGGCUGCGACCAUCCCUAUCGACAACAAGCAGACCAACUCCAAUGCGACUCAUCCCAACCUUGUCUUCAUGGAGAAUGUGAUUUCUCCACACGUCGAUGAUGUCUCUCAGAUCUGCUUCUCGUUCAAUACCGACAAUGGCGUGUCUGGCUUCUACUACGCACUCCAAGGCCCCUGGGGCUCCGGAACUGGCUACACUGGCAGCUCUGGUACGAUCUGUGUUCCGACCAGCAACUCUGCUGGCGGCGCCAUGUUCAUCGGACCGGACGCGAACCCUGGUCCUGGCAGUACCAAGCUCGAGUGCUAUUUCCCAUCCACGGGCACGGCAAACUGUGAUAUCUCUCUCGUCGACGGCUACUCCAGCGCUGUAGCCUGUGUGCCCAGCAGCACGAAACAACUCAUUGGAGGUUACUCCAACUUGUACAAUGGAGGUGUCGCCUGCCCUGACCAGCAGGGACCCAACUGCAUCAACACUGAAGGUUACGCCGCAAGCCAGAGCGACGUAAACGCCUUCUUUCAGCAGGGAAUCUCUUCCGGAAAUAAUUACUCUAAGGCUCCAGGCAUUUGGGUCAAUUGCUCGCAAGAUUACUACUUCCCCACCGGCGAUGGUCUCGUGUGCACCGUUGGAUAA